UCUAGGACGCACAACGGGUAUAUAAACACUUUUCCUGCCCUUUUUAUUCCAUAGUUAGUUGGUCUCCCCUCUCUCUCUCACACACGAGCUCAUAAGCAUACUCUCUCUCUCUUGAUCUUCCAAAGGAGGAGGUUCUAUACUAGAGAAGGAAAAUGGUGAAGAUUUGCUGCAUUGGAGCUGGUUAUGUUGGGGGCCCUACCAUGGCAGUCAUAGCGCUCAAGUGCCCAGACAUUGAAGUGGCCGUAGUUGACAUUUCUGUGCCUCGGAUCACAGCCUGGAACAGUGAUCAGCUCCCCAUAUACGAGCCAGGUCUUGAUGAUGUGGUGAAGCAGUGUCGAGGGAAGAACCUCUUCUUCAGCACUGAUGUUGAGAAACAUGUAUGCGAAGCUGACAUAGUAUUCGUUUCUGUCAAUACGCCAACCAAGACCAGGGGCCUUGGAGCAGGCAAAGCUGCAGAUCUCACAUACUGGGAGAGCGCGGCUCGCAUGAUUGCUGACGUGUCGAAAUCCGAUAAGAUUGUUGUUGAGAAAUCGACAGUCCCUGUCAAAACAGCUGAGGCAAUAGAGAAAAUUCUGACCCACAACAGCAAGGGAAUUAAGUUUCAGAUCCUCUCGAACCCAGAGUUCCUUGCUGAGGGUACUGCAAUUGAAGAUCUUUUUGGACCUGACCGUGUUCUCAUUGGAGGAAGGGAAACCCCAGAUGGCCAAAAGGCAAUCCAAGCAUUGAAGGCUGUUUAUGCUCACUGGGUCCCAGAGGACCGCAUCAUCUGCACCAAUCUAUGGUCUGCAGAGCUAUCUAAGCUCGCUGCCAAUGCUUUCUUGGCCCAGAGGAUCUCAUCCGUUAAUGCCAUGUCAGCUCUUUGUGAGGCAACCGGAGCGGAUGUGACAGAGGUGUCAUAUGCUGUGGGUAAGGACACUAGGAUCGGGCCCAAGUUCUUGAAUUCUAGUGUCGGUUUCGGUGGCUCUUGCUUCCAAAAGGAUAUCUUGAACCUUGUUUAUAUUUGCGAGUGCAACGGCCUUCCGGAAGUCGCGGAAUAUUGGAAACAAGUGAUCAAGAUCAACGACUAUCAGAAAAGCCGCUUUGUGAACCGUGUUGUUGCCUCUAUGUUCAACACUGUCUCAAACAAGAAGAUUGCCAUUAUGGGUUUCGCAUUCAAGAAGGAUACAGGUGACACCAGAGAGACCCCUGCCAUAGAUGUGUGCAAGGGGCUAUUGGGUGACAAGGCCCGACUGAGCAUAUAUGAUCCUCAAGUCACAGAGGAUCAAAUCCAGAGGGAUCUCACAAUGAACAAGUUCGACUGGGACCACCCUCUUCACCUUCAACCGAUGAGCCCCACCACCGUGAAGCAAGUCAGCGUGGUUUGGGACGCCUAUGAGGCAACAAAGGAUGCUCAUGGAAUUUGCAUUCUCACAGAGUGGGACGAGUUCAAGACUCUUGAUUAUCAGAAGAUAUACGAUAACAUGCAGAAACCUGCUUUUGUUUUCGAUGGGAGGAACAUCGUGAACGCAGAGAAGCUGAGAGAAAUCGGGUUCAUCGUGUACGCGAUCGGUAAGCCUUUGGAUGCUUGGCUCAAGGACAUGCCAGCUGUGGCCUAGAGGAAAAUACGCUCUCUGAUCAAAUGGGUUUGUGUCAAAUCAAUAACUAUAGUCUCAAUUCAAGCAGUAUGAUUCUUUACUAGUAUUUUUUUUUCGCCCCGAGUUCUCCUUUUCCCUGUUGGAGAUUUAUUGGUACUUCCAUUUAUCCUGUGUUGUUUUUUCCUCCUUACAACGCAUUCAGAGAUACUGGUUGCUGUCUGUUACCUGUUUUGUAAUAGAACCUGAUUUGUUCUUCAUCUUAUUUUAUUUGCUACAAAAUUUCACA